AUGAACGUCGAGGACUUCUCAACCAAGGAGAUUCGCGCCGCCAUCGGGAAAACCGGCGUAAAGAACAUGAGUGACUUCACCGUGUAUAGAAACGAAAAAGCGAAUACCAUCGCCAUUACAACCAGAAAUAGCUUGCUCGCGGAAAAAUUUCUCCAAAUCAGAGAAAUUCCUACCGAGCGACAAGGCCCGCGUGAAGUGCAGCCCUACAAGGCACUAGGCUCCAACAAGGUGAGAGGUGUCAUCUACCUUCACUCACCGCAUGACGAUCCCGAAACUCUCGUAAAUGAACUCAUCUGCAACACACACAAGAUCGUCGCGGCCAGAGCCCUGGGCAUCAAGAAAAGGACUAUUCUAAUCACAUUCGAGGGAAGAACGUUGCCCCGGCACGUUCGCUACGCUUUCGAAGUCUACAGGGUUGCAGAAUACAGACCAAGGCCGCUGGUUUGUUUCGGAUUUCACCAAAUCGGUCACAAGGCCGUUGUGUGCCCCAAUAACAUCCGGAGGUGCGGAUCAUGCGGACAAGAACACGGAGAGGUGGAGGAUUGCCAGGCUGCACCAAAGUGCGUCCACUGCCACGGAGCACACGUCGCCGCAAGCAACAAGUGCCCUAAAAAGAAAAAUUCCGCCGAGAAGCGACUCACUCAAGAAGCGACAAAAGAAGCCCGCACCUCGAGUUGA